AAAAAAAGUCCAGGGUCUCAAAAAAGAAUCGCGGAACCUCGAAUUGAGGAUCACGACCAAACAACCGGACGCCGUUGUUCGCAUAACGGAACCCCGGGGAACAAACAGCCGAGAUGAAGCCCAGAAGGUAUCACGGUCUGAAAAGACCGAGACUUCGGCAAAGUUGGAACAAAUACAACCUCUUCAACAUAUAUCGCAUGAGAGAUCCGAAUCUCGGUAGAGGUGACCUUGAAACCUUCUUCCAGCAGAAAUGGAAGGCAAAGGGCAUGCUGCGAAACUACCACGGAGAGCACGUCGUCGAGCGCAAGUGGGUGCGCAUGUUCAGCCGUCGCUUGCUGAGCGUCGCCGAGAUGGACCCCAAGUAUAUGGCCAAGUACGACGGUUCCGAAUUGGCCGCCGGUAGGGGAUCCGGCAAGGACAAGCCCCCGAACUGGUCAGAUCCCACCGUCCCGAAACCUGUUCAGACCCCCUACAUGCAGAUGACAUUCGCGCCUAUGGAGAGGAGAUUGGAUAUCGCUGUCUUUAGGGCUAUGUUCGCUAGUAGCGCGAGACAGGCGAGGCAGUUCUGCGUCCACGGCGCUGUGAAGGUCAACGGCAAAGUGAUGCCAUAUCCCUCCUACCGUCUAAACCCCGGCGAUAUGUUCCAAGUCGACCCCGACCGCGUUCUAUACGCAACUGGCCUUCCCAAGCCCGAUCCGAAUAAAAAGAAGAACAAGAAAUCCGCAGCUAGGCGUGCCGAUACAGAAUCCGAGGAGCCGGCAGAAGAGGAGACGGAGGCAGGCGCUGAAGAGGAAGCUGCCGAGGAAGCAGAGGUACCGGAACAGGACCCCGACACGACCGACGCGCCAGAACCCAUCAAGGAAGAUAUGAAGCCGACGAGGCAACAAAUACAGUCCAUGGUCGAACAGGCCAAGACGAUAUUAAACGAGGAAACCGACCUCGGCGUGCGCCAGAAGCAGCAGCUGCGGAAAUUCAUCAAGCAAAUACGCCCUCUAGUCUCCCGCGCCGGCCGCCCCGAUGCCUCUCCGCAAGCCAUCACCGAGGAGCUCUCGAACCUAGUCGCGAGUCUCAACCUCUCCGGUUCCUCCGCGGAGGGUGGUGCCUCGGCCGCGACGGAGCGGUCGACGGGCAAUAACUCCUUCGACGACCUUAGCAAGGACGAGCUCAAGGUGCUGGAGAAGCGCAUGGCCGAGUACAUACGCGAGGAGGAGGAGAACCCGUGGGACCCGAGCAAGCCGUACAAGACCCCCUGGCAGCCGCGCCACUACAUGGCCCCCUUCGCCUUCAUCCCCAAGUACCUCGAGGUCAACCACAACAUCUGCGCCGCCGUAUACCUGCGCCACCCCGUCGCCAGGGUCGGCAGCGCCGAGGUCCCCACGCCCUUCCCCGAGUCCGUCAGUCAGCUGGCUUUCAACUGGUACCUGAGAAGAAGGUAAAGCAGCUGGAAGUGGGAGCUGAGGCUUACCUUGAAAUCUUUCGGCACCUUUCGAGGGAGAAGGUCAAUGGUUUGGUUCGGCCUGACUCAGUCUAAAACCUAGCAUUAAGUGCUUGCUGGAUGAAGACGAGCUAGGUAAGGUACCUAGUCAACGUCAACCAGAACGAAAGAAAAAAAAAGACAUAUCGGUAGAUCUCGAUACCAUACAUUGUAUAUUACGAACGCUUACGAGCUAAGAAAUAGCUUCUUUUUUCAACUUGGCUUGUUUGGCUACUCUAGGGGCUUGUCGGAUUAAGGCGGCCUGGUCGGCGGAGAUGCUUCUCGGUGCAUAGGUAUAUACCUUAGGUAAACCUAGGUAUCUAUGUAGAAGUAGCAUGUACAAUAUGAUGUGUAUCGUCGUCAGUGAACUGUUGUCGUUUUGGUACCGUCUUGUGCCCUACUUCGUAGUCGUGUAUAUGAGAUAGGUAGGUAGGUACUAAUUACCGUUCAUGCCGAGCAGAUCUCCCUCUGCCUCUACUUGAAUACGUGCUCCUAAC